AUGAACUCUUUGGGGCAGCAGCCCGCAAAUCCACAGUCGGCCCCCCUCCAGCAUCCCAAUGCACAGGAUUUACUGGAUAUGGCGGUGUACUGUGACAACCUAAUGUACCCGCAAAACCUGCACCACCACCACCACCCACAGAGGCCACCAGCUCAUCCAGCAGGCUAUGGGCUGAGCGAAUAUAGCCCCCCAGCAGCGAACCCCUACCUCUGGAUCAAUGGACCUGCCAUCAACUCGUCUCCUUAUCUCUCUGGGACUAAUGGGGCUUCUUUCAUCCCUUCAGGUUAUGGGACCAGCCAGAGACAGUUCCUGGCCCCUGCAUCGGGCUUUGCAGGAGCAGAUCUCAGCUGGUUGUCUCUCUCCAGCCAGCAGGAGUUUUUUAAAAUGGUGAGGCCCCCCUACUCCUACUCGGCUCUGAUCGCUAUGGCCAUCCAAAACGCUCCGGAGAAGAAGUUGACCUUGAGUCAGAUUUACCAGUACGUGGCCGAAAACUUCCCUUUUUACAAGAAGAGCAAAGCUGGCUGGCAGAACUCCAUCCGGCACAACCUGUCCCUCAACGACUGCUUUAAGAAAGUCCCCAGGGAUGAAGACGAUCCAGGGAAAGGCAAUUACUGGACCCUAGACCCGAACUGCGAGAAAAUGUUCGACAACGGCAAUUUUCGAAGGAAGAGGAAAAGGCGCUCGGACGCUCCUGGGUCCGGCGCCCCAGGAGUUUCUGACAAAGCGGGAGACAAGAGCGGCGGUGCCUUGAAGUCUCCAGACUCCUCCAGCCCGAUGGGCCUGGGCUCCCCUGCACUGCAGAACUCCCCCGGCUCCGGGAGCGGCCCCAAAUCCUCCCCCACGCCAGCGCUCGAACGGAGCCCGUGUUUCUCCGGCUUUGCCUCCAACAUGCAGGCCAUUGUCAAUGGGAACCCCGGCCUCGGCAGGCAGCUCUCGGGAGGGCUGGCGGGCGAGUUUGCACACGGAAGGCAAGAUGUGCCUGCUCUGAGUUCCUGCUCCGCUCCCAGCAGCGGCACUGCCCAGAACUCCCAGCUGAGUCCCCCGGCCCACUCGAGAAUGAACUACUGUGCCAGCGGGCAGCAAAGUGGGCUUAGCAUCCCCCUCAUUAACAACUUCAGCGUCAAUCAUCUGAUUUAUAGCAGGGACGGGACAGAAGUUUGAAUUGACUGUGAAAUGACUUCGGUGCAAAUCACAGAAGCCGUGUUCUGUGCCUUGAAGUUUGUAUAUACCAUGGUACUCAAAACAGUUUCUUGUUAGUUAUUGUGCCUUAGAACACACACACAUAUAUUAAAUGUCUAUAGACUGAGGUGUUUCCACACCCAGAAUCUUAUUCAGUAGUUUGUUUACAGUAUUGAUACUAUGCAUACAGAUCUAGACGAUUGACCUUAACAAAAUGCACUAAUACACAAGAUGAGAAUAUUUUUGUAAUAUAUAUUAUAUAAUGGUUCUGUACAGCUCUUAGAAUAAAGUAAACCUUUUUCAGAAAUAGAGAUGAGAGCACCUAGACUUGACAUUCCAGUGUAAUGUGUUGCUGAUCUAUGCAAUUGGUAGGUAACAAAAAGCUCCCCUGUCGU